CGGAUCCCGCAAUACCUGUUGCUCAAGUAUAGUCUUACUGUUAUCAAACCAUCUUCCCCUCCUCCAAACCUCCACCGCACAAAUACGCAGACCAAUUCCCAUAUCAUUCGCCUAUCGAUGGCUAUCAAAUAGAUGGAACAUAAAGAAAGCAUACACUCACAUCAAGUAUUCUUAGGACAUUUUCCAUUGGUUAUCGUUGGCUAUCAAACCUCUGACACUUUUUGCCGGAGAUAAGAUAACAUUUUCAGGCUGUUUUAAUGUGCACAAUGUGCACCAAGGUGUUAUUAUACAUCUAAACGCAUCAGUAAAUUGCCGUCCAACUUUUUCUUUCUGCUGAGAGGAACAACAGACAGAUAGAAUGCCAUUAGCCAGACGUCUUCGUCUCGAUGAUGUCGUCACGUCGUUCCCAGAGCUGGGCCCCACAGUCCCGGAUGGUGGUUACGCAUGGAUUGUUCUCUAUGGAGUAUUUCUGGUGCAGAUGACCAUACCGAGUUUAUUGUCCAUGUAUGGAAUAGUAUUGGGCUACAUAAAUGAAAAUGAGGCCAAUGAUUUUGAUGUGUGGAGCGAGGAAAUUAUUCUCGCGCCGAUACUGUUCACCGCGUUCAGCAACUUAGCAGAUCCUUGGACGAGGAUGAUAGUGAUAAUGGCAUCAGUCCCUCGUUUGAUAGGGAUAAUAGGAGUAUUCCUCCUGGCAGUUGGGAUUAUAGCAACAGGCUACCUAGCAACUGGCGGAGUUGGAGCAUAUUUGGCCAGCUCCAGUGCUGGUGCGGUGAUGGGCGUAGGCGCCAGUUUCGUCAUGUUACUAAGCGAGUACGUUUUGCGGAAAAACUUCAGAAAGAAGCUUCCUUUAGCUUUAACAUUGAAAAAUAUUGGAGCUUCCUUUGGUCUUGUUCUCAUCCCCACUGUCACGAAUGUGCUGUUGCACGAGGUCAAACUGAAAAGUGGUCUACUCCUCAUGACGAUUGUGCUGAUGCCUACCGCCCUUGGAAUACUAAUGUUUCGGUUGCCUACUCCACAGGAAAUUUCUUCUCCUUACAGUCUUCUCCUAUCAACCGAAGAGGACAACGAACUUCCGAUAAGAAUCUCUCCAGAUAUUCCUGAGAGCACGCACCACUCAAAUGGCCAAAAUAAUUUUGAAAACCCGGAAUAUGCUGAAGUUGAAGGAAGGACACACAUUGGUGGAUUGUACAGCGAGGGAAAUAACAUUUACGCUUAUGAAAACCCAAACGAGGAUGUAGAUCUGUUUGUAAAUCCAAUUGUUCACUCAGAUAGCAAGUGGAAACACCAGCUUCGACCACUUAGAACCUUUCGGUUUUGGGGUGUAGUAGUUGGGUGGGUCGGAGUGAAAGUGUCUGCACUCUUUUUCUGGAUUUUAUUACCGGUUUUGUUCUAUGGAGUUGCGAACCAUUCUUAUGGUUGGAUGUCACUAUCUACUCUGGCUGGCUUCCUUACAUUUUUCCCAAGUGUUAGCAGUAUAAAAGUGUUACAAAUGACGACUCAAACCAGAAGACUAUAUUUUGGUCUAUCAUCUUGGCUUUGUAGCGUUGCUCUGAUAGGUCUAAAUUACGCAACGAACUAUUCAUGGAUAAUAAUUUAUACUAUUUUAGGCGGUAUCAGUAUUGGCAGCUUGUCAAGUUGUCAGGAUUUGCCUUUGUAUGAUAUUCUCGGUGCUGAAACAGUGCGUUGUGUUCAUAAGGGAUUCUACAGCAUCGUGGGUUUAUGUAUAUUGUUCUUCUGUUUCGUACAUAGUGUUGAUUUCUGUCUGAAUUUUACGGCGCUCUUACUAUUUAUCGGUGGAUUCUACUGGAUCUUGUCGCCUGUUGUGAGUUUAAUUAAAGACUCGCGAUACACACAUUCUCAUGCAAUACACAGAACGAGUAGAGGCGAGACAUAAUAAAAAUAAUUCG